AUGUCUGAUUUUACGGUGCCUAAGCAAGCCAAGGCAAUAAUAUACUCGCAACCCGGCACGACAGAGACGAAAAUUGUUGAUGUCGAAGUGCCAGAACCACAAGAUGGCGAGAUCCUGGUCCGCAUUACUCAUUCAGGCGUCUGUCACACAGAUUACUCGCUAGCCACCCAAAGACUGGGUCAUGUGCGUUUACCUGAGGGUCAGAUUGGCGGCCACGAGGGGGUCGGCAUUGUGGUCAAGCUAGGACCUGGCGUAACGGCACGUAAACUGGGCGAACGUAUAGGCAUCAAAUGGAUAGCGUCAUCCUGUUUGACUUGCGACAUGUGCCUUUACGGCUACGAGAGCAAAUGCGCGCUCCGCAAAGUCUCAGGUUUGGGCCACCCGGGCACCUUUCAACAAUACCUGGUCACCCAUGCCCAAUACGCCACGCCUAUUCCACCAGGAGUCGACUCGGCCAAAGCAGCCCCUCUACUCUGCGGCGGCAUAACGGUAUACGUCGCGUUACAACGUGCAGAUUUGAGUCCUGGCAACUGGGUUGCUGUCUCGGGUGGAGGCGGCGGUCUGGGCUCGUUAGCCAUACAGUAUGCAAAGACCAUGGGUCUACACGUCUUGGCCAUCGACCAUACCUCCAAGGCCGACUUUUGCCGCAGUAUCGGUGCUGAUGCCUUCCUUGACUUCACAAAGUUUGGCGGCGAUGAUGGUGACAAGGCUCUUGUCGACGACGUAAAGCGGAUUACAGACGGUGGCGCACACGCCAUUCUCGUGUGCAACUCGUCAGCGAAAUCAUACGAUCAGUCAUUAGACAUGGUUCGAUAUGGCGGCACGGUGGUCUGUGUCGGAUUACCUGAGAGUUCGUCGGCACCUAUAAGCUGUGCUACUCCGUCAAAUAUGAUCAUGAAUAGGUUGACCAUCAAGGGCACAAUGAUCGGCAACCGCAAAGAUGCAGUCGAGUGUCUCCAGCCACUAGCUCGAGGUCAGAUCGAUCCCCAGGUCACGGUUCGACCGAUGAGCCAUCUGAGCCAGGUGAGGAACUUUGCGAUAAUGCUUGCUCUAAAUUGCAUCUCCUACAAACCAUUGCUGGUCACUCUAUGGUGA